ACCUCUGCACAUCCCUGCUGAGCUGUGAAUGGCACAUGGGGCAGCCAUGCUGAACCAAAGGCUUUGUGCUUGUUGCCUGCAAAGCCCAGUCACCAGAUGGAGAAGGAAGUGGGAUUGGUUUGAAAAAAACAAUCUGACAAACUGGUGCCGGCUGUUCCCCCCUUCCCCUCCAAGCGCCCAGGCUGGCCGGGCCGUGGGGCAGAUUGAUCCCAACCUCCUCUGGCACUGAGUGGGGCUGCACAGAGCAGCACAGAGUGGGGCAGCGCAGGGUGAGAUGGAGCCAGGGCCACCAUCCCACACUCUGAGCUCCGACACGUCACCGAGGGCACGGGUGUCCCCAAGUCCCACAAUCUGCCCAGCCCAUAGAAGGGGCCUCCCUGCUUCCUCAGUGGCUGUUUUUCUUCCCACCCCAUGCCGCUAGCCACAAGGGCAGGACGCGCCGCCUAUCUGAUGGGAGCAGUCUCUCUUGGCACUGUGGCUGCUGGUGGAGGGGCCGCAGCACGGUGGUUUUGGGCACGGGGAAGUGCCGGUGAUGGGGUGAGGGGAGCCUCCAGCCAGGCUUCCUGAGCAGCACAGCCUACACUUCCCAGAUAAAGGUAUCACCCCGCAGAGCCGGGGCAGCAGCUGGGGCGCUGGGAAGUGCCGAGCGCGACAGGCGGGAUGGCAGCCUGCCUGCACCAGGGCUGGCUGCCCUCUCUGCUCGCUGCCGUCCUGCUGAGCCGGCACAGCCCGGCCAUGGACCCCGAGCCAGUGACAUCCCAAGUGCUGGACGCUGCACUGCUAGCAGAGGUGCCCGAGGACAUCCUCUGCUUCUCCCGCUCCUUUGAGGAUCUCACGUGCUUCUGGGAUGAGGAAGAGGCAAGCGGGAUACACCGCUUCUACUACUGGUACAGCAGGGAUGCACCCACCAUGUGUGCAGUCUCCACGCAGCGCUGUGGGACCAGCGGGAUGCGGCACGUCUGCGUGUUCCCCAGCCUGGACGUGCGGCUCUUCACCCAGCUCCACGUCCUCGUCCUGGACACCACCACCAAUCAGACCAGGCACAGGCGGGAGCUCAGCGUGGACGCGGUGGGUCUCAUCGCCCCGCCGGUGAACAUCAGCGCCCGCUGGGCUGGAGCCAUGGGCCAGCUCCGUGUGUCGUGGCAGCCGCCACUCGCCGACUACCCCAACUUCUUCCUCUACGAGGUGUGCUACCACCCCGUGACCCCCACAGUGACACCCCAUGGCAUGACACCCGGGGACUCCUCCGCCCAUCCCACCAGCAGAGCCCACUCGCCCACGGCCAGGGGAGCUGCGGCCUCCCUAGGAACAGGGCAGGGGCUGGUGCAGGCCGACACGUGGGUGGUUCUCCGGGAGCUGCAGCCAGGGGUGAGGUACCACAUCCAGGUGCGCAGCAAGCCUGACGGCACCUCCAUGGAUGGCGUCUGGGGGCCCUGGUCGCAGGUGGUGGUCGCAGAGACGCCCCGCUCCUCUGGGGACAUCGGGCUGCACUGCAGCACCCCCGACCUGCGGUGUGUGCGCUGCGUGUGGAGCUGGGACCCUGCAGAGCACCACAGCACCCACGAGCUCUUCUACCAGGCAUCUCCGAGUGGAGCUGGCAUGAGGGAGGACGCGUGGCAGCAGUGUGAGAAGGCCAGCAUGGAGACACAGGGCAGCCACUCCUGCACCUUCCAGCCCAUGGCCGGCAGCCCCAUUGCCAUCCUGGUGAACGUCACUCGGCUCCAUGAGCCAGCUGUGCUCAGCUACUUCAAGGAGCCCUUCUGGCUGCACCAGGCCGUGCUCACGGAGGCCCCACAGCACGUGCAGGCGACGGCAGCGCAGGGCCGGCUCAGCUUGCAGUGGCUGCCACCCCUGGAGGCGCUGGCGGAGCAACUGGAGUACCAGGUCCGCUACGCCACGGACAACAGCCCCGACUGGAAGGUGAUGCAGGGGCCGGCACGGGACAGCCGCAGGCCCCACACAGCCCCAGCUCAGCUCUGCCCACAGGUGCUGCAGGUCCCGCGGGCGGCCAGGAAGGAAGUGCUGGACCUCAGGCCCGGUGCCCGCUAUCGUGCUCAGGUGCGGGCGCAGCCCGGUGGGCCGCAGUACCAGGGCAGCUGGAGCGCGUGGUCCCAGCCCGUGGUGGCUGAUGUCACGGCUGAGGCGGGUAAGGGCCGGGCGGGGCUGAGGGUGCACAGGCGGGACAAGGCUCUGCAGAACCGCUCCUCCAUCGCAGGCUGGGUGAUCCCGAGCGUGACGGUGGCGCCGCUGAUCUUCACGGGGGUGCUGCUGGGGCUGCGGUGCAUCUUCCCCUCCUUGUACAGCAGCGUGAAGCAGAGGCUGUGGCCGCCCGUCCCCGACCUGCACCGCGCGCUGGGCACCUUCCUGCACGACAGCCCCAAGCAGGGCCAGCCCAGCGCCUUCUACAAGCAGCCGCCGGAGGACGCCGUGCUGCCCUGCCUGCUGGAGGUGCUGCCCGGACCCCGCGGCGAGCCCGGGGAUCCUCCGCCGGAGCCCGCUGCCAGCCGCCCGGCGCCCAGCACGGACAUCGCCAACCACUCCUACCUGCUGAUGGGCGGCUGGGAGCCGCGCGGAGCGCCCUGAGCCCCUUUUCCCCCUGGGACAUAAAAUACAGACAAACCA